GUUCCGUGUUAAGAAGUCUCACAUCGAUUGUAAGAUGACUUAAAUGUGUGUUUAUAAAAUAGAUGCAAUCCUCACCUUACAAGCCGAUGUUGUAAGGUUGAGUUAUGCCCAACACUCAAUUUUAAGAUGGUAUCAGAGUCUCUCCAUGAUCCGUUGGGCCACCUGCUAUUAGGUUUUCGCUAUCGGGCCACCCACCGUUUAUAUUAACGCACCAAGCCCAAUUAUGUUGGGCGUGAGGGGGUGUGUUAAGAAGUCUCACAUCGGUUGCGAGAUAGCCUAAAUGUGUGUUUAUAAAGUAGAUGCAACCUUACAAGCCGGUUUUGUAAGGUUGAGUUAGGCCAAACACUCAAUUUUAAGAUUCCGGUCUCCGACACGAUAUCGACAUUUAUAAUUACAUUGAAUUGUAUCAUUUUUCAGAUUAUUAUCGGUGUUGGCGUGUCUGUGUAUUGUCUGAUGUCCGUGUCCAUGCAUUUAUAUAAAGGACAAGCCCACAAACAUCUAAAUCAUAUAUCCAACGUAACUAAGGCAUAUUUUGAUUACAAUGGCUUUGUUUGGUUCUAUAACAAUUGUUUGUGCACUCUUUUUCUUCCUAUGCAUCAUCUUCCAAAUACAUAGAAGAAGAUUUUGUAGAUACCCCACCAUGAUAGAUUAUCCUUUUCUAGGCAUGUUACCUCCCCUUCUUUGGAACUUGUGGCAUAUUCAUGAUUUCCUAACUGAGGAAUUGAAAAAACAACAUAGGAGCACUGGUGAGUUCAUGGGACCUUGGUUUACCAGAAUGAACUAUUUGGUCACUAGUGACCCUAGCAAUGUUCAUCACAUAAUGAGCAAGUGUUUUGCAAAUUAUGUUAAGGGUCAAGAGUUUCAUGAGAUUUUUGAAGCCUUUGGUGAUGGAAUAUUCAAUGCCGAUUCGGAGACAUGGAAAUACAAUAGGUCACUUUUUCACUCUAUUUUCAAACAGAGAGAUUUUGAAUUGUUUCAAGAGAAACUUAUUCGAAAUAAGUUGGAGAGAAGCUUGAUUCCUAUAUUGGAUCAUGUUCAACAAAAAGGGUCAGUGGUGGAUCUACAAGACGUCUUCAAUCGUUUCACAUUCGAUAACAUUUGUUCUGUGGUUCUCGGAUGUGAUCCUAAUUGUCUUUCGAUUGAUUUCCCUGAUGUCGCGUGUGAGAAGGCUUUUGACCAAAUUGAAGAGUGCAUAUUCUAUAGACAUGCUAUUCCAAAAGGUGUCUGGAUAUUGCAAAAAUUUCUUCAAGUUGGUCAAGAGAAAAAAAUGACCAGAGCAUCCAAAGAAUUUGAUGAAUUUAUAUAUGCAAGCAUAGAGUCCAAAAGAGAGGAGCUAAGAAAAGGUAUAAACAAUGAUGAAAUGGGAGACUUGUUAACAGCUUUUAUGAAAAAAGAGAAGGAGUCACAAGUAAUAGUACAUGAUGACAAAUUUCUAAGGGAUGCUGCAUUCAAUCUCUUUGUAGCUGGGAGAGAUACUAUAACUUCGGCUCUUACAUGGUUAUUUUAUCUUGUAGCUACACACCCUUUAGUAGAAACCAAGAUUCUUGAAGAGAUUAAAGAAAAAUUUGGGAGCAUUAAUAAUAUUGAAAAUAAGAUAGGGGUUGAUGAUGUGAAAAAGCUAGUUUAUCUUCAAGGUGCUAUAUGUGAGGCUAUAAGGCUUUUUCCUCCUAUACCCUUUGAGAGAAAGCAAGCAAUUGAAGGUGAUAUACUUCCAAGUGGCCACGUUGUUAAUCCUAAUACAAUUAUAUUAUUUUCAUUGUAUUCAAUGGGUAGACUUGAAGAAACAUGGGGAAAAGAUUGCUUGGAGUUCAAGCCAGAGAGAUGGAUAUCUGAGAGAGGAAGCAUUGUUCAUAAUCCAUCUUAUAAGUUCUUUGGUUUUAAUGCUGGACCUAGGACUUGUUUGGGAAAAGACUUGUCUUUUAUUCAAAUUAAGAUGAUAGCAAUUGCUAUUUUGUGCAAGUACCGUGUCCUAUUGGUUGAAGAUCAUGUUCCUAUAUUAAGCCAUUCAAUUGUACUUCUUAUGAAGAAUGGUUUCAAGGUUAGGAUAACAAAGAGAGAAAUUUGAAACUUGUUAAUGUAUGAUGUGAUUAGGGUGGUUUUUGUUUGGCUCAGCGGCUGCCUUGUUGGUUGUGGCUGAUUUCUAUGUGAUUUAGUGUUCGAGUAGGAUUGAUUGUUAUUGUCGUGAUGAAAUUUGAGUUGGAUGGGCGGGUUGAGGGUUUUGGUGUAAGGUCCCACUAUGGAUAUCGGGCAUUUUAAGUGUUGUUUUAGCUUAUUUUCUUUCUUGUAAUGUGAUCGUAUGUGUUUGUUCUAUGCAUUGUACUUUUCUUGUGCUCAGUUACGAUAUUAAUAAAAAUUUAGCCGUUAAAAAAAA